AUGGAAGAAGUACAAGUGAAAGUUGUGCUUACAGACUGUUAUAUAUCACUAUUGAAGAAUAACUGUUACUGUGCUCAGUGUGCAGUGUUGUUCCCCACCACUGAAGCGUAUAGUGAACAUUACACAAGCACACACACUGAGACCGCUAACUCAACUAAAGCCUUGGCUUCUUGUGUGACACAUAACAAGCAAAUUGUCGUAGGUGAUGAGCCAUUUGCAUGUGAAACAUGUAUGAGAACAUUCGAGCGGCGAGGAACAUUAAACAGACACCAAUUAAUUCACACUGGUGUUAAGCCAUUCGAGUGCAAUACUUGCAACAAAAAAUUUAGCGAACAAUGUAAUUUGAAUAAACACAUGUUAAUUCACACUGGCGAAAUGCCGUUCGAGUGUGAAAUCUGCAAGAAAACAUUCACGCAGCUGGCAAAUUUGAAAAAACACAAGUUAAUUCACACUGGCGAAAAGCCAUUCGAAUGUGAACACUGCAAGAAAACAUUCAGGCAAUUAUCCAAUUUGAACAGGCACAUCUUACUUCAUACUGGCGAAACGCCAUUCGAGUGUGAAACCUGCAAGAAAACAUUCAGACAACGAACCAAUUUGAAUAAACACAAGUUAAUUCACACUGGCGAAAAGCCAUUUAAGUGUGACGUUUGCAUGAAAACAUUUAACCAAAUAAGUAAUCUUAAGAAACAUAAGUUGAUACAUACCCCCGAGCUGUAUGAGGUGAGCUGUGAGGCUGCUUCGUCACUAGAGGUGGUUAUAACAUCUAUAUCAUAAUAAUAAAUAAGUAUAGAAUGUAGGAAAAUGUAUACAGGGUUAUUUGCAAGUAGACCGGAUCCUUUCACUAGGUGAUAGAGGAAGGUAUUUCCAGUUGAUUGAACCCUAUAUUAGCAUUAUCCGAAAGUUAACAAUUUCUAAGAUAUUUAAUAUUUAAGUUUUUUUUAAAUUUGCCAAAAUUUUAUGUUUAAAACCGAAAAUUAAAAAAACUAGCAAUAUUUCAAUAUUUUUUUUGGUUGUUUUGCAUUAGUAACACCUUAAUAAACUAAUUAUUAACAUAAUCAAAUGUGCAUUAUUCAACUUAAACUAGACACAAUCACCUCAAAAUAGAUAAAACAUUUUAAAAAAUAUUCAAAACGUAAACAGAGAUAAGUUAAAUUAAAAAGAAUUUUCAUAUGAUAAUUUUUUGUGCACUUUAGGUUAAAAACAUUGUCAACUUAUAAGCUUUCAAAUAAGAUAUUUCAAUAUUAAAUCGAUUUAGGUAUCACCAAGAUAUGGCCAAAACAACCAGAGAAGGCGGAGUUCUACGUAUAGCAGAAUAAAAAUUUCCCUACAAAAUUCAUCGACUAAUUUCACGUCACGUUCACGAUGAAAAUUCAUGCUAAGGGGUCUGAAGGUUCUCCUGAGCAAGGACUUUUGGCCAGUGGGAAGUGUUUCGACGCUACAGGGAAGCGAAAAGACAGUGAAAUCCCCUGAGAGUGCUAGAGUUUAAUCGAAAACAAUAGAAAAUCAGUUCAGCGUUACAGUCUAACGAAUCCAAGGAACAUAACACCCCACUGAUGUCGUCCUCCACUCCCAGUAUCGAGCCCCGACGUCUCUCACGAUCACACCACCAUGUCCAACAAUGUGAGAUUUUCUUUGUCUUUUGUCGGUUUUUAUGAGCUGCAUUCUUCUGAGGGGACGAAAGAUGUCAUAAAUUGGAAUUUUUCCCUUUACGUCGCUUCCCAUAAUGUCGCUUUGCGUUUUACCUCAAUUCCCAAUACCUCGCUCCUCGCUUCACAGUGGUUCCCGGCACACCGCGCCACAUUUAUGGUUAGAAUCAGUACUGUCAGAGACAGAAUU